GGCCAAUUGUGUUCAGUACGCCGCCAUCAGAGCUUCUUGCGUGGUUUCGGUUAUCGGUUCGAACGCGCGCGCUUCCAGUAACCGUCAUGUCUGCACCAUCGAUGAUGUCCAGCCUGGCCGCCGUUGUCAAGGAGGCGGGCAGUGACGAGGAGAUUCAGGUGCCCAAAUCCGAUGAUUUCUUCGAGUCGAAGGCAUUCCGGUUGCUCACACUGAUCCUCUAUAUGGGCGGGGUCAGUGGCAUGGGCCUAACCCUGGCCGUCUACUAUCUGUUCAUCUGGGAUUCGCGCAUGCCGCCGCUGCCCGUGUUCAAGCAUACGCAUCCCAUUGGCUAGGAGGGCCAGCCGCACUGCCUCCCUCCUAGACUGCCAACAUCAUCAUCAUCAUCAUCA